AUGAAUCGAGAUAUGCAGCCGAACAACUUCGGCCAGCCUGGUCUCCUGGGUAAUGGUACCUUUCCGCUUGGGAGACCACCGUUGAUUCCUCGAGCCGGAUUUAUUCCCAACCCCAAUAUGAAUCCACCCCGAAUCCCUCAUGGAGUCAUUCCCUACAACAACUUUGUGUUGACAGCAGUUCCGCGCGCUUCUUUACCUCCGAGAAUUCGAACCUCCCAAUCAAAGUCUCGCGAAGCUCGAUUUAAACCUCGACAGAUCAUUUCAGCUAAGGAAUUCGCAUUCUUUGCGAUGUCUCUCGUAAAAAGUCCCAUUGCCUGUUCGGCUCUGCAAUUUCUUCAACUCCGGAAAGUUGACGCAGAAACUGCAAUCUUGAAGGCAGUCAACGAGGAGUUAUGUACUCACGACCUCUUGGGCAUCUACUCCGAGUCCCCCUUUUAUCGACCAGUGUUACUACUCCGUGAUGUUCAGUUCGCGACUCCAACCAGCACGGUGGGUCAGCUUCCCGAUCCAGACAACAUGAUUAGACAAUUGAAAGAUCUAGCUGAACAAAAGGUGGCCUCAGUGUCGUUGAUGGGAAUGAUGGCAGGUACCAAACCAACAGCUGCUAGUCUGGGCUUCUGCACGGACUACCUGAUGCACACCUUCAAUGUGGAACUGGAUCUGAAUUUGAUUGCAUUUCUCAAUGAACAAGCGAAACAGGGGAACUCUGCUGGCGACCGAUACCGGGUCAUUCUGCGUUUUGGCUGGGCGACCCAGGGUCUCUGUGUUCCAACUAACUCGCAGGGAUCAUCCAACAUUCGCCUGCUGGCUACCGAGUGCUUGCCCCGUUGCCUGCAACUUCGCGUCGCUCGUCGUCAAGUUCCCCUUCCAGAGCCCAUUUUUCACGCCGGACAGGCCGUCAAACUUGGUCAUCGUCUGCGUUACUCCGUUGAUAUUACAGACAAGGUGAAUGUCAUUGUUGCUUGUCUUUUGCUAGUUUACUGGCUUAUCUAUCUUUCAUUUUCCGCCCGAAAGGCGGAGGUUCAACCUGAAUUUCCCCAUUGUUUUAUCCCAUCUCAUCUCGUAUUGCUCAGUUAG